AAUUAUUCAUAAAAAAAAUAUUCCUUCAAUAUAUUUCAUAAAACUUAAGGGCGCGUUUGGUAAACAAAUUAAGGAGAAAAUGCAGAAAAUGGCACAGAGCUGGUUCUCCACUGGAAAUAGUAGCGAAGAAAAUCCACAGAAAAGUGAGUCAUCACUACUUGCGGAUUGGAAUUCAUAUGCAUCAUCUAGAGAUACAGAUGGCACUUCCGGAUUGGGACUUGGAUUCGAUCUGGAAGCUGCUGUUCGCUCUGCCAACGACACCGUUUCCGGCACCUUCAAUGUGGUCUCUAAAGGAGUGAGUAAUAUACCAGGGAAUUUCCAGUCUGCUACCAGCAGUAUUCCUUCAGGAAAAGCUCUUAUGUAUUUUGGUUUAUUUCUGGCAACUGGAGUGUUCUUUAUCUUCAUUGCAUUUGCGUUGUUCCUACCAGUCAUCGUGUUGAUGCCCCAGAAAUUUGCGAUCUGUUUCACACUAGGAUGCAUUUUCAUUAUUGCUUCUUUUGUGGCACUCAAGGGUCCCAAAAAUCAAUUUGAUCAUAUGAUAUCACCAGAGAGGCUUCCUUUGACACUGGGAUUCCUAGGCAGUAUGGUGGGUACUUUAUAUGUCUCCAUGGUGCUUCAUAGCUACAUUCUUUCUGUCUUUUUCUCCGUAAUACAGGUUCUUGCUCUUGCAUAUUAUGCAAUUUCCUACUUCCCUGGCGGGUCUGCUGGGAUGAAAUUCCUGUCGUCUUCGCUUAUAUCGUCAGUUACAAGAUGUAUAGGGAGGUGAUAGCAUUCUGUUCAUAUUACCUGUAAAUUUUCUGACUCUCACCCCCCAUUUUUGUAUGACAUUAAUUUCUUUUGCUCUUUUACAUAUGCUCCAUGAUAGUUGAAAACUUGGAUGAUGUAGUAGGGAUGUUGAUUAAAUGCAGCUCUGUUAGUCCUUA